AUGGAAGGUUUAUAUUUCAAUAUAGAUAACGGUUAUGUGGAAGGUAUUGUCAGAGGCUAUAGAAAUGGAUUGCUUACCUCCAAUCAGUAUUUAAAUUUGACUCAAUGUGAAACUUUAGAAGACCUAAAAUUGCAACUAUCCUCUACAGACUACGGGAACUUUCUCACCAACGUCUCACAGGACUCACUAACUACUUCAAUUAUUCAGUCUAUGGCAUCCGAAAAGCUAUACAAAGAAUUUAACUAUCUAAGGGACCAAUUGUCGGGCACCAGCAAAAAAUUCAUGGAUUAUAUCACCUACAGUUACAUGAUCGAUAACGUGACUCUCAUGAUCACUGGCACAAUCCACUCCCGUAAUAAAGCAGAGAUCUUAAACAGAUGCCAUCCUCUUGGUUGGUUCGACACUCUACCCACCCUAUCCGUAGCCACAGAUCUGGAAUCUCUUUACGAGACUGUCCUGAUAGAUACUCCCCUGGCUCCAUAUUUUCAAGACUGUUUUGAUAACGCAGACGAGUUGAACGAUCUAAAUAUCGAAAUCAUUAGAAACAAACUGUAUAAAGCAUAUUUAGAAGAUUUUAUCAGUUUUGUCAAGACCUGUCUACCUAAUCCCGCUUCCGAUAUCAUGGUGCAGCUAUUAGAGUUUGAAGCCGAUAGGAGAACAAUAAAUAUUGCAUUGAAUUCCCUGCAAACCAUAAACACAUCUUCAACCUCUCCUGGCCAUAACAGGAACGGAGCCGCCGAUAAUGAUGAUGUCCUCGACUCUGCUUUGAAAUUGCAGUUGAUGCCAUCUGUAGGCAAAUGUUAUCCAAUAGCUACCCAUCUAUUAGCAGAAGCCAAAGACUUCGAAAGUUUACGUUCUGCAUUAAACUAUGUCUAUGAUUAUAAGACUAUCUUAGAUGACGACAGUGGUGAGUUGGAAGAUCAUUUCUAUAGGAUGGAAAUGGAACUUUGUAAGGAUGCAUUCACACAACAGUUCACUAUUUCAACUAUAUGGGCAUGGAUGAAAUCAAAGGAACAAGAAAUCAGAAAUAUUACUUGGAUAGCUGAAUGUAUUGCACAAAAUCAAAGAGAUAGAAUAACUAAUUAUAUAUCUGUGUGCUGA